AUGGGCAACUUCCUGCACCCCGACCAGGGCGGCGCUGCCGACUUCAACUGCAACGCCGAAGCCGGCGCGAUCAAGACCUGCCUCCAGGCCCAAACGGACCAGGCAAAGUGCACCGUCGCCAUCAAGGACCUGUACCAGUGCUGCGCGGCCAUGUGGCUCACUCACGCGCGUACCGGCGAGCGUCCGCAGGACGUCAAGGACUCUUAUUGCCCGCUGCCGCCAGAGCUGCAGGCUUUGCUCCGAAAGCAGUGA